AUGGAAAGUGCUCAGUUCCUUUUUCAUCAUGCCCAUGAAUAUCUCCCCCAUUGCCACUUCCACCCCUCACCAAUAUCAAUGGCUCACCAACCACAUGUACCAUUCCUCUUCCCACAAACUCAUUCCACUGUCCUCCCUGAACCCUCCAAUUUCUUCUCUCCAGACUUGCUCUCAAGUCCACUCCCUACAAACUCUUUCUUCCAAAACUACGUUCUCAAAAAUGGUGACCAGCCAGAAUACAUUCAUCCUUACCUCAUCAAAUCAUCAAAAUCAUCCCUUUCUGUCUCUUACCCAUCUCGCUUUUUCACUGCUGCUUUCAUAUACCAAGUCUUCAUAGCUGACCUCACCAUCUCUGCCUCGGAAAAAACUAACCCACAUUCUUAUGAUAAGCAUGUUAUCUCUUCCUACAAUGAUCUCAGUGUCACCUUGGAUAUCCCUUCCUCCAAUCUGAGGUUCUUUCUCGUUAGGGGAAGUCCCUUUCUGACAGCAUCUGUUACUAGUCAUACACCACUUUCCAUCACCACCAUCCAUGCAAUCCUUUCGUUUUCUUCAAAUGACUCACUUACCAAGCAUGUUUUUCAUCUUAACAAUGGUCAAACAUGGCUUAUAUAUGCCUCUUCACCAAUCAAAUUCAGUCACAGCCUCUCUGAGAUUACUUCUGAUGGAUUUUCUGGCAUAAUUCGGAUAGCAUUGUUGCCUGAUUCGAGUCCAAAAUAUGAGGAGAUCCUUGACAGGUUCAGUUCUUGUUACCCUGUGUCUGGGGAUGCUGUACUCACAGAACCAUUUUUUGUUGAAUAUAAAUGGAAUAAGAAAGGGUUGGGUGAUUUGUUAAUGUUAGCACAUCCUCUCCACCUUCAACUAUUGUCUAAGAAUGAGUGUAAUGUUACUGUUCUGGAUGAUUUUAAGUAUAGCAGCAUUGAUGGGGACCUUGUUGGUGUUGUUGGAGAUUCAUGGUUGUUAAAAACAGAUCCUGUUUCUGUUACUUGGCAUUCUACCAGCGGUGUCAAAGAGGAAUCAUAUGAUGAAAUUGUUUCAGCUCUUUCUAAAGAUGUGGAGGGUCUGAAUUCUUCUGUAAUAACAACAACUUCAUCUUACUUUUAUGGGAAAUUGAUUGCAAGGGCAGCGAGGCUAGCAUUGAUAGCUGAAGAGGUUAAUUUUCUUGAUGUGAUUCCUAAAGUUAGGAAGUUCUUGAAGGAAACAAUUGAACCGUGGCUGGAGGGAACUUUCAAUGGGAAUGGAUUUCUUUAUGAUGAGAAAUGGGGAGGUAUCCUUACAAAACAAGGGUCUACUGAUUCAGGUGCUGAUUUUGGGUUUGGAAUUUAUAAUGAUCACCAUUAUCAUCUUGGAUAUUUCCUUUAUGGAAUUGCAGUGCUUGCAAAGAUUGACACAUCAUGGGGAACAAAAUAUAAACCUCAAGCCUAUUCACUAAUGUUAGAUUUUAUGAACCUGGGAAAAGGAUCAAACUCCAAGUAUACACGGCUAAGGUGUUUUGAUCUUUAUAAAUUGCAUUCUUGGGCUGGAGGGCUAACUGAAUUUGCAGAUGGAAGAAAUCAAGAAAGCACAAGUGAAGCUGUAAAUGCAUAUUAUUCAGCAGCAUUGAUGGGCUUGGCAUUUGGUGACACACACCUUGUUGCCACUGGAUCAACUCUUGCAGCAUUGGAAAUUCAUGCAGCUAAGAUGUGGUGGCAUGUGAAAGGGGGAGAUAACAUGUACGAGGAAGAUUUUACAAAAGAGAACAGGUUAGUGGGUGUUCUAUGGGCUAACAAGAGAGACAGUGGACUAUGGUUUGCUCCACCUUUGUGGAAAGAGUGUAGGCUCGGCAUUCAACUCUUACCCUUGUCACCUAUUUCUGAAUUCUUGCUCUCUAAUGUUAGUUUUGUGAAGGAACUUGUGGAGUGGACACUGCCAGCUUUGAAUAGGGAUGGUGUUGAAGAAGGAUGGAAGGGGUUUGUGUAUGCUCUGGAAGGAAUCUUUGAUAAUCAAGGUGCAUUGGACAAGAUAAGAAGCUCAAAAGAUUUUGAUGAUGGGAACUCAUUGACUAAUCUCUUAUGGUGGAUUCACAGCAGAGGUGAUGGAGAAGGGAAUUUUGUCCCAGAAAAUAUUGCCAGUUUGUUAAUACACUAA